AUAGUAAUUUGAAAUAGUUUCUAUACCAAGCUUAAAUUAGUCGAACGGUAUAUGAAUCGAUUUAAAUGUACUACUACAUCCAUUCGAUUAAAAUGUCAAAAUUUUACUCAUUUCGUAAAUUCAGGAAUCAGCCGCACUAUUCGUCAGUUUUUCAUUCAGUGAAAAGUUGUCUUGAUAUUUUGCUGCUGAGUUGAGUUGUUUUAAAAAUUAUCAAUAAAUAGACAUACGUGCCCGUGUUGUGUUGAUGAAAUAAAACGGUGUGUUAAGAAAAAAUAGUGGUUAGAUAAUGGAAGACAAAUUAAUGUUAGAAGACUUGUCUAGCCCCUUGCAAGAACGGGUGUUUUUCGCUGCUAGAGAUGGAAUGUCUUUAACCCUUUACGCUUUAUUAUACGAGAAAAACACAGAUGAAAUUGACGAGUUAUUAAAUAGCGACAUAUGCUGUGAUGGAGUAAAGUGCACACCGUUGAUAGCAGCAGCUAGACAUGGGCGGGAAGGUGCAGUUCGCAUCUUGCUGGAGAAGUUCCGCCCACCAGUCAGGACUGAGACCGAAGGCACUGUCAAAUUUGAUGAAUAUGUUAUUGAAGGAGCAACAGCGUUAUGGUGUGCAGCGGGGGCGGGGCACCUUGGCAUCGUGAAGCGACUGGUCAGAGCUGGUGCCAACGUGAACCAUGCCACCAAAACACUUAGCACGCCCCUCAGAGCCGCCUGCUUUGAUGGAAGACUAGAUAUUGUGAAGUACUUGGUCAGGCAUGGAGCAGAUGUGCAUAAGGCUAACAAGUAUAACAAUACUUGUUUGAUGAUAGCAGCGUAUAAAGGACAUUUGGAUGUGGUAAAGUUUUUACUAGACAGCGGCGCACGAGUAGAUGAGCGAGCGCUAUGCGGUGCGACGGCGCUACACUUCGCGGCGGAGUGCGGACACGUCGCAGUUGUAUGCGCACUCAUAGACCACCACGCCAAGAUACUUACCAAUGAAAAUGGUAUGACACCGUUACAAUGCGCGGCGGAGCGUGCCCGUGCGUCAGUAGUGGAGAUGUUGGCAGUGCGGCCCGAGGUCACGAGGGCACAGGCCAUCGAGGCAUUCGAACUGCUCGGGGCUUCCUUCGCGAACGACAAGGAGUACUAUUGCCUCAGGAUGGCGUACCAGUACUUACACAGAGCGAUGACGAUGCGGUACGACACUCGAUACGGUCUGCUACUGAAGAAACCGGCUGAUCCCAUACCAGCGUACGACAACUGGAAGGAGAGUACCACGAUAGAGGAGGUGGAGGCGCUGUCGGGCGACGCGCACGCGCUGCACAUGGAGGGGCUGGCCGUGCGCGAGCGCGUGCUGGGCGCGCGCUGCCCCGACCUGCCGCACCCCAUCGUCUUCCGCGGCGCCGUCUUCGCGGACGAGGCGCGCUUCGACCGCUGCCUCGCGCUCUGGCGGCACGCGCUGCAUCUCAGGCAGCAUAACGAGGUCUCAGUCGUGAAGGAUCUACUUAGAUUUGCUCAAGUGUUCUCACAAAUGAUACACAUAGGAAUUGAACUACCUCUUGCACAGGUGUGUUUCGUGUUAGAAGCGUGCGCAGAAGAGCUGCGCAGAGGCACGAAACGCUUAGAGAAGCCACAAAUAAACCACGAUCCGGAAUCCUUAGUAAGCCUGGUGCGCACGUUCAUGUUGCAGGACGAGUACGAGAGCAACGUACGGACCGCGCUGUAUCUUGUUGCUGUAGCAGCGAGGUUGCUGGAGAAUACUGAUAAUUGUGAGGACACAACGAGUUUAGUGCGGCGCGCUAUCUUCAGACUUCGGAACGUGCGCUUACGCAGUGGACAGACACUACUCCAUCUAGCGGCAGACAGACGGACUCCCGUCGACGACUUCCAUACUAGUGAUGUGUGCCAGUUCCCGUGCAGUCGGUCGGCGCGCCUGCUCCUGGAGUGCGGCGCGGAGGUGGACGCGGCCGACGACUCGCGCCGCACCGCGCUACACGUCGCACUCAUCUCCUACCAACUUACUACUGACGAGCGCGAGCAGUGGAGCGAGUCGCUGUGCGCGGUGGUGUGCGAGCUGGUGGCGGGCGGCGCGCACGUGGACGCCAUGGACGCGGCCGGCAUCACGCCGCUCGUCGCCGCCAUCGGAGGUCCAGCGGAAGCAGUAGUGCGUGGCGCCCUCCGUCCCCGUCUCUCCUGCCUGGCGGCGGGAGCCCUGGCAUGUGCAGGUGCCCGGUACCGGCCCGAGCAUGUUCCACGCGACCUGCACGCCUUCCUCACCAUGCACGGCGUCAGACCCUACCACUAACACAAGUAAUACUACUUCUACUCAUCAUCACCAUCAUCGACAACCUCGUAAGAGUUCACUGUUGGACUAUGUCUCUACAAAAGAAAACUUUAAUCUUGGAGAUCGUGGUUGAAUAGGAUUUUGCUCGGUCUCUAUUAAAUAUGUAGUCCCUUAGUCGACUCUAACGAUAGCUACAGGAAGAGUAGCGGCGGUGACAAAUGUGCUCUACCUUGCCAUCAUCACAUGGCUAGUUCAAUCUUACAGACUAACCGACUUCAAAAACGGAGGAGAUUCGAUCGUAUUUGUUUUCAUCAUCAAUUGUAAGUUUGCAACACGUUCACUAUGAAAGCCUCCUAAACAAACCAUUCACACUUAGGGCUAGUGUAAACAUACAUUUUUUUCAUCUAAAUAGUUUAGUCGAUUCGUCUACUUCUAGUGAAACUCGACUAAACUGUGAUUCGAUAGAUCAACUAUCGAGUUGACAGUAUACGAACGUUCAUAAUUAUAUUGCUAUAAAUAAACUUAUGAAACACGUAUGUAUGCGCUAGCCCCUUAUAUUUUAUCAUCAUCGUUAACAUUAUCACCGAUAUUAGCUGGAAUACUCUUCGCUAUUUUUCCUAACCCUUGAACUAUCUCUUACCUAAGAGUUACUUGGUGUGAGGGAGCAAUUGAACGAACCCCUCGGUGAAAAUCAAUAUAUCAUUAAGUGUCACCUACUUAGCUGGGAGGUUCAUUGAAAAUAUAUGUUGGUAAAAACGGGCAUCUGAAGCCUUCCUAAGUACUUAUUCUCAUAUCUAUGCAGCUAUCUUACCUAUGGAAAGGUCUAUCGAUAUUGUACAUCUUAACAUCAUGAUCAUAACAAACUUUACUUUCGAAACAAUAAUCUUUUUGUCCAUUAUAUGCUGCCUCCUUUCAGUCAAAAACUUGCACUGAGCCCUUCUCGCAAUUUAUGUCAUUAUCAUUCGAAAAUCGACUUAAUACAGCUCACAUAAAAUAGGCUUUCAGUAAACGGGAACUUUGUCUAUUACCAUACUAAGAUCUUGAUGUCAAUGAAAUAAUGAUUAAAAAAGAUUUUACCUUCUUUAUAUUUAAAAUUAGAAGUACCUACGUCAAACGUCUUCUAAUUUUAAAUAUAAUAUAAAGCUCAUAAUAUGUUCAUACUCGGUUAAAAUCUAGACAGCCUCAUUGUUUUUAUAUGUAUUUUGACUUAUACUGCAAUGUAAUGCAUGAUUAUAACUAUUUUAUAGUGACUAUGUAUCACCCAAUGUAAUAAAUAAAAAACAGCUGAUAUUAGACAAAAAUCUUUCUAAGAUACAUGCCAAAUCUGAACCAUUAAUUCUUAAGAAUAUUCCACGCAUUAAUGCUAUCUUCCAAAAAUCUUCUAAAUAAAUUAGCCAAAUAUAUUUAGACCAUUGAAUACUAACGAUACAUAAAAACGGUCGCUACUAAUAGUAGACUAUCUAUAAUUCUAAUACUUAAAUGAAUUGUUCAAUAUAAAUCCAAUAAUAAUAAUAAAGCUUCCGUGUAGCCUGAGCCUUAUAAUUCAAAUUGUAUAUUUAAAAAGUAUGUAGUUCAAAAGAACACAGGGCUUAAAUGUGUUCAAACGAAAUUGUCCAAAGCGUGGCUCAAACUCUAGAAUAGUGAUGUGACGAGUAUGAAGUAAUCGAUUGAAGGAAAAAUCGACUAAUCCGUCAUUGUAAUCGAAUCGUAGGGGACGACGUAUUGUGAUAAUAAAAUAGAAUAUUAGGUUUAAUAUUAGAAUGGACAUAGCUAGUGUUGCCUUGUCGGCAUGGCGUGGAACCUUGUCUUUAAUGUUAGAGAGAGAAUCGAUGUGUUUAUUUACAGACUUUGUACAUAGUUAUUUGGUAAUAUGAACGCACAGGAUCUAUAUGAAAUGUCGAUUUCUUUUCUAGUUACGAUUUUGACUGAAUGAUAUCGUACUGUCGAGUUUACGGUCGACAUUCACAAUUGGCGGUGUUGUAGUUCCUUUGUUUUACUUGUUCUGACCUUUCAAAGGUUUCUUUGUAAAUAUACAACAUUAUAUUUUCUUUAUAUGCAAAAUAAUAAAUGUAUAGUAUAAUAAGGAAUGUAUAUUUUUAUUAAGGUUUCG